AUGCAGUCAGGAAUCUCAGCAUCCAAAGAAUUGCAGGAUGCAUUCAACAACCUCGUGUCUUCAUCAUCACAACGAGGCCUCCUGGCAACGAUAAAGAACGAGACCCUCGUACCCCUCGAAACGAUCCAAGCCAAUGGAGACUUCCGCAGCGACCUUUCCGGCCUCUCGCAACACCUCACAAAGGACGAAGCAAGAUACAUUCUGCUCAAGCAAGAUGGCUCGGCAGCCGACGGCUACGUCGCCGUAACAUACGUACCCGACACAGCCAAUGUACGCCAAAAGAUGCUGUUUGCCUCGACACGCCUGACACUGGUGCGCGAAUUGGGAGUCGAGCGUUUCCGCGAGACUGUCUUCUGCACUACUGCUGAGGAGCUCACGCCCGAGGGCUGGGAUCGCCAUGAGAAGCACAACCGUUUGGAUGCUCCUUUGACUGAGGAAGAGGCUGGUCUGAAACACAUCAAAGAUGCCGAGGCACAGGAGAGCGGUGGUACCGGUGGUAGAAGUCUGCCCAGCGCGGGUAUUGCACUCAACCUUGGAGACGAGGUCAGCAAUGCCCUCGAGAGCCUCAAGGAUUCUCGUGAGGGCUCGCUGGUCAUGAUUAAAAUCGACGUGGCUACCGAGACACUACACCUCGACGCCUCGAAGCAGGACAUCCAACCCGCCGACCUCAGCUCCGAGAUCAGCUCGUCCGAACCUCGUUACUCCUUCUACAACUACCCUGGACAGCAGGGUGUCGUAUUCAUGUACAGCUGCCCCAGCAAGAGCAAGAUCAAGGAACGCAUGGUUUACGCUUCGUCUCGCUCGCAGCUUGUCACUCUGGCCUCGAACGUUGGUCUGAACAUCACAAAGAGACUCGAAGCCAGCUCGCCUGAUGAAUGGUCAGCAGCCACUUUGGCAUCUGAAUUCCAGGAGCAAAAGGUGGAGAGUAAAGGCUUCGCCAGACCCAAGAGACCUGGAAGAAGAUAG